GGGUAGUAUAUUUGAUUGGCCACUGAAAGUAUACAUCAACCAAAGUAGCUAAUAUGGAUUUCUCGACAUCUGUACUAUGCAUUUUCUUCGCCUGGGCUUUGCUUCAACCCCUCCUCUCACUCUCGAGACGAAGCAAAAGCACCAUCGGCAAACUUCCGCCGGGACCAGCCCCCUUGCCGGUCCUCGGUAACCUCCUCAAUCUCGGCAACAGGCCCCACAGGUCCCUAGCCGACCUGGCCCGCCGUCAUGGACCCAUAAUGACCCUGCAACUGGGUCGCAUAACCACCAUAGUCGUUUCCAGUGCAGCCAUGGCCGAACAAGUCCUCCACAAACAAGACCUCACAUUCUCUAGCCGAACCAUCCCCGACGCCGUCCACGCCCUCCGCCACCACCAGCUCUCCGUGGUUUGGUUGCCGGUGUCGCCCCGGUGGCGAAACCUCCGGAAAAUCUGCAACACCCACAUAUUCACCCCACAAAGACUUGACGCCACCCACAGUCUCCGCCGGCAGAAGGUGGCGGAGCUGCUCGCCGAGAUCUGCGAACGGUGCGGGAACGGUGAGGGAGUGGAGAUAGGGUUGGCGGCCUUUAAGACCGCCCUCAACUUCAUAUCAAACACCAUAUUUUCCGUGGACUUGGCGGGGUCGAAUUCUGAUACGGUCCAAGAGUUCAAGGAGGAGAUGCGCAUGCUCCUCGAAGAUAUUGGGAAGCCCAAUCUGGUGGAUUAUUUUCCGGUGCUUAGUAAGUUGGAUCCGCAGGGAAUAAGGCGCCGGGCAACGGAAAAUUUUAAGAAGGUAAUAGGGCUGUUAGAUUCAAUGAUAGAGCAGCGGGUGCAGUACAGGGAGAUGCACGGUGGUGGGAAAAGCAACGAUAUGUUAGAUGUUCUACUCAACAUCAGCGAAGAUGGAGGCAGUGAGGGGAUUGAUAGGACUGAUAUCUCGCAUCUGUUACUGGACUUGUUUGUUGCGGGGACUGAUACAACUUCAGGCACAAUGGAAUGGGCUAUUGCUGAGCUACUUCAUAAUCCCCAUGCUCUAUCCAAAGUCCAAGCAGAACUCCGACAAACAAUCGAAAAGGGCAAGCCAAUGGAAGAGGUCGACAUAGCUCGCCUCCCCUACUUGCAGGCUAUCGUGAAGGAGACCUUCCGGCUACACCCGCCAGCCUCUUUGCUUCCUCACAAGGCUAAAAUUGAUGCAAAUAUAUGCGGAUUCCACAUCCCAGAGGGCGCACAAGUGUUAGUCAAUGUGUGGGCCAUUGGCAGAGAUCCCGAGACAUGGGCUCGACCCAACUCGUUCGAGCCUGAAAGGUUCUUGGGCUUAGACAUGGACGUAAAGGGUCGGAGUUUUGAGCUAAUUCCAUUCGGUGCUGGCCGACGUAUAUGCCCGGGGUUGCCGCUGGGGACAAGAAUGCUUCACUUGAUGCUGGGUUCGCUCCUUUACGCUUUUGAUUGGAAGCUUGCGGAAGGAAUUGCACUGGAGGACAUGACCAUGGAAGAUAAGUUUGGAUUUACAUUACAAAUGGCUCAACCUGUACGUGUUGUCCCUAUCAAUGUGCGAGAUUAGAAAGUAAUACUAUUUGGUUGUAUACUUACUAAUAAUAAAUAAUGAACUUUAAGUAAGUUUUUGCAUAUUCCAUCUUUUAAUAACGGGGUUGCCACUGGGGACAAGAAUGCUUCACUUGAUGCUGGGUUCGCUCCUUCACACUUUUGAUUGGAAGCUUGCGGAAGGAAUUGCACUGGAGAAAAUAAGUUUGGAGGUACAUUACAAAUGGCUCAGCCUGUACGUGUUUUCCCUAUCAAUGUGUCUUGAUUAGAAAGUAAUACUAUUUGGUUGUAUACUUACUAAUAAUAAAUAAUGAACUUUAAAAAAGUUUUUGCAUA